AUGUUUGUCCUUUUCCUUUCUUUUCUUUUCUUUUCUUUUCUUUUCUUUUCUUUUCUUACACAUACUAGUUUUUCCUGUCCGUCAUUUUUUUUCUUUCAUUUUUUCUCUCGCGCGUAUUGCAUUUAUUCGUUUAUUGUUUUUUUUUUCUUUUCUUCACAUUUUCUUUAUUCCUUUAAUUUUCUUUCUUUUAAUUUUUGUUUACUUCACACAUUUCUUCAUUCGUUCAUUUUUCUUUAUUUCGUCCUUUUUUUUAUUUUUUUCAGCAUUUUCUCUUCAUUCAUAUCUUUCUAUUCGUUUUCGUUUUUUGCCUUAUCUUUCUUUCCGCUUUCAUCUAUUCCUUUUUUUUCUUCCUUUCUUUCUUUAUUUUCUUUCUUUCUUUCUUUCUUUCUUUCUUUCUUUCUUUCUUUCUUUCUUACAUAUAUUCCCUUUUCUUUCCUUCAUCGAUUCCUUUGGAUUUGUUUUUUUCUUUUCUUUUUCUUUCUUUCUUUCUUUCUUUCUUUCAUUCCUGUUUAUCUUUCUGUCUUCGUUUCUAUCUUUUUUCUGACAAAUGUUCUUUUCUCUUUCUUUCCUUCUUUCUUUCUUUCUUUCAUCCAUUCCUGUUUAUCUUUCUGUCUUUGUUUCUAUCUUUCUUCUGACAAAUGUUCUCUUUUCUUUCUUUCUUUCUUUCUUUCUUUCUUUCUUUCUUUCUUUCUUUCUUUCCCGUUUCCUCUAUUUCAAUUUCUUUCUUUCUUUCUUUCUUUCUUUCUUUCUUGUUUUGUUUCUUUCUUUCUUUCUUUUCGCUUUCGUCUAUUCUUUUUUUUCUAUCAUUCUUCUUACAUAUAUUCUUUUUACUUCUUUCAUUCUUUCAUCUAUUUUCUUUCUUUUCUUUUCUUUCUUUAUUUCUUCUUACAUCUAUUGCCUUUUCUUUCUUUUUUCUGUUCGCUUUCAUCUAUUCUCUUUUCUUUCUAUCAUUCUUCUUGCAUAUAUUCCUGUUACUUCUUUCUUUCAUCUAUACCCUUUUCUUUCUUUCUUUCUUUAUUUUUGCUUUCGUCUAUUCUCUUUUCUUUCUAUAAUUCUUCUUAUAUUCCUUUUACUUCUUUCUUUCUUCUUACAUCUAUUCUCUUUUCUUUCUUUCUUUCUUUCUUUCUUUCUUCCUACAUAUAUUCCCUUUUCUUUCUAUCAUUCUUCUUACAUAUAUUCAUUUUACUUCUUUUUCUUUCUUUCUUUCAUUCUUUCUUUCAGUUAUUCCCUUUUCUUUCUUUCUUUCUUUCUUUUUGCUUUCGUCUAUUCUCUUUUCUUUCUGUCACUCUUCUUAUAUUCCUUUUACUUCUUUCUUUCUUCUUACAACUAUUCUCUUUUUUCUUUCUUUCUUUCUUUCUUUCUUUCUUUCUAUAUCUAUUCCCUUUUCUUUCUAUCAUUCUUCUUACAUAUAUUCAUUUUGCUUAUUUCUUUCUUUCUUUCUUUCUUUCUUUCUUUCUUUCACUUAUUCCCUUUUCUUUCUUUCUUUCUUUUUGCUUUCGUCUAUUCUCUUUUCUUUCUAUCAUUCUUCUUAUAUUUCUUUUACUUCUUUCUUUCUUCUUACAUCUAUUCUUUUUUCUUUCUUUCUUUCUUUUUUCUCUCUUUCUUUCUUUCUUACAUCUAUUCUCUUUUCUUUCUUUCUUUCUUCUUACAUCUAUUCUUUUUUCUUUCAUUCUUCUUACAUCUAUUCCCUUUUUUCUUUUUUUCUUUCUUUCUUUCUUUCUUUUUGCUUUCGUCUAUUCUCUUUUCUUUCUGUCAUUCUUCUUAUAUUCUUUUUACUUCUUUCUUUCUUCUUACAUCUAUUCUCUUCUUUCUUUCUUUCUUUCUUUCUUUCUUUCUUUCUUUUUCUUUCUUACAUCUAUUCUCUUUUCUUUCUUUCUUUCUUACAACCAUUUUCUCACUCAUACAAAUGUAGCUACAAAUCAACGAUCGAUCACAAACCAACCCAUUCUCUCGCCCCUGCACCUUAACACUGGCCAAACCUCUUUUCCCCGUAUCACUCCUCUACUCUCCUUUGAUUCCCAUUGCCAAUUUAAGUCCCGAGAAAAUCACCCCCGUGCCGAGUCAAGCUGGAGUUGUUCAAUUACGCAUUUUCUUUCUUUCUUUCUUUCUUUCUUUUAUUUUGCCUUUUUAUAUAAUCGCAACCAAUCUUUCCUCUCUUUAAAAGAAUUUUCAUUUUAUCUCUUCCUUUCUACUUAUCUAUUUUCCUUCCUUCCUUCCUUCCUUCCUUUUUUAUUUUUCUUCUUAAACGAUACUUCUUUCUUUCUUUUCGUUUUCGUUUAUUCUCUUUUCUUUCUAUCAUUCUUCUUACAUAUAUUCCCUUUACUUUUUUCUUUCUUUCAUCUUACAUCUAUUCCAAUUUCUUUCUUUCUUUCUUACAUAUAUUCCUUUUUCUUUCCUUCAUCGAUUUCUUUGAUUUUCUUUCUUUCUUUCUUUCUUUCUUUCUUUCUUUCUUUCUUUCUUUCUUUCAUUCUUAGAUUCCCUUUUCUUUCCUUCCUCGAUUCCUUUGAGUUUCUUUCUUUCUUUCUUUCUUUCUUAUUUUCCCUUUUCUUUCCUUCAUCGAUUCCUUUGGUUUUCUUUCUUUCUUUCUUUCUUUCUUUUCUAACUCACUUUCUUUCUUUUUUCUUCUAUUAUUUUUAUCUCUUUCUUUCUUUCUUUCUUUCAUCUAUUACUUUUCUUUCUUUCUUUCUUUCUUUCUUUCUUUCUUUUUUUCUUUCUUUCUCGUAUACCUUUACUCUUUUCCCUCUCUGUUUCUUUUUUCUUUCUUCCUACUCGUUUCUUUCUUUCUUUCUUUUUUUCUUUCUUUCUUUCUUUCUAAUCUUUUUUCUAAAGUCAUUUCUUCUUAAAAUAUUCUUUCGUUCUUUUUAUUUAUUUUCAUCUUUUUAUAAUCAUUUCUCUUCUCUUCUCUUUCUUUCUUUUAAUCUUUUUUUUCUAAGCAACCGAUUUCAUUCAACCAAUUUCAUUAUUUCUUUCUCGAUUUGUUUCUCUUUUUCUUGA